AUGUGAUUGAGCUGAAGCAAUAUGCAAACGCCUCCUUGCAGCUCGUGGCCUGGAAGACGCUGUUGGAGGGAGAAAUGGAGCCGCUGAUGAUGAGUGACUGCUGAGGGAGGAGACAGUGCCUGAUAAAUGUGAAGUUUCAUGGUCUCCCCCCGACAAGUCGUAAAUGGCGAGGAACCUUUAGCAGACACACUCUGUUGCUCCCACCCACACAAAUUUUACAGAAGUCAAAAGUUCCUUUUUCACUUUACAGUCAAACUGUGAACCUUGUUUAUUUCAUUUUUUUUUAAUCUCUCGCAGCCUCUGAAGGCCUCUGAAGAGCAAUUAGGGUCACACGCAGUCGCCAUACAAUAAGGGAGAGGGAAACAUUUUUGGAUUUCGUUGAGAGGAAAUUUUGUAACAUUGUGCAAUGGUGCCGCAAACGUUUUGAAAGGUUGUGUGAGCGUUUUGCCAGCAAAGCAUCUGACAGUCGGUCUGUUGGACACGAGGUCUCCAUGUUGCAUCCAUACAGAAUGGAGAGCUACCUCAUCCCUCCUCCUUCAGAAGAAAUAUAUGAUUCUGAGAUCUACAGGCAUCAAAUCACCGAAUAUUAUAAUCCAUAUGUCUUAGAUCCAGAUAUCCAGGCAGACCACUGGGACUACCACCCUCACCCUCACGUGCACCCUGUGGAGUUCGAGAACCUCCAGGAGACGAACUUCACAGAGCUGCAGAGCGUGCAGGCUCUGCACCCGUCUGGCCUCAUACGACACGACAACAUUCGAUACGACGGAGAAACCCUGCUCGAUGCAAACCUCGGGGCGCACGCACAUGUUUUACCGCCACCUGUAGCCUUCUUCCCUCGAACAGUGUAUCCCCCACACCCGUCCCAGCGGAGCUCCGACGACGAGGAGCACGGGGAGCGGAGCCCCCCUCUGGAGGUCUCCGAUGAGGAGUGCUUGAGGGAUCGAGUCUCCUAUGUGACACCGGGAGAGCUGGGCAACAAAAAGAAGAUCCGGUUGUACCAGUUCCUGUUGGACCUUUUAAGGAACGGCGAUAUGAAGGACUGUAUCUGGUGGGUGGACAGAGACAAGGGGACCUUCCAGUUUUCGUCCAAACACAAGGAGGCUCUGGCCCACCGCUGGGGAAUCCAGAAGGGAAACCGUAAAAAAAUGACCUAUCAGAAGAUGGCUCGAGCCCUGCGCAACUACGGCAAAACCGGAGAGGUGAAGAAGAUCAAGAAGAAGCUGACGUACCAGUUCAGCGACGAGGUCCUGGGAAAGAGUCAUAUCGAGAGAAAGUACAUGUAGGUGGGAGGAAAUGUCAGCAGGAGUCAGUGAAACUUGUGGCAUCGACAGCAGAGAGUCUGCCGUUUCGCAGGGUGCUUUAGGUACUUUACCGUGCAGGUAAAAAGCAUUAUAUUAGAAGCACCACGACAGAGGGACCAGGUCUCUGUAGACCCCAGCUAAUGCAAAUGAAACUUUGGACCAAGAAUUCUUAAAGUCUGCAAACAGUCUUCCUCACAAGAGUAACUGUUGAUACAAGUCCAAAAAGACACAACAGAAAAGUUAGUUUGUACAAAUAGCUACAUAACUAAUUUGUAGCAUGGAAAUAAAAGUUUGGACCAAAUAUGCUAAUGUGUGAUUGUCAUUUUCAAAUGUGUACAGAGAAUUAAGAAUUAAUUUCUGUUUAAAAAAAGCUGAUACUCGGAGAUCCAAUCAGAAUAAAGUUGGACUAUGAGGGAAGUUCUUGUGCGGCACACUCGUUCAGCGAGCCUCCAUCCACUGACAGUAUCUGUGCUUUUGCAAACCGAAGAGCCGAUCCCGGCGGACAGGCCAGGGGCAGCAUGAACAGUCCUCAGUUAGAAUCCAGGAUGGACUAGAAUGACAGUCUGAUCAUCUCUGGUAUCAUUGAAGAAUCUGUCUUCAUGUUACAAUAAGAAAAAACUCCAUCCUCGACAAUGAUUGCAGAGUCCACUGUAAAAAUGGCAAAACCAUGAUGAAGAAAGUCAAGUGUUGAAGUGCUUUGAAAAAUCAACAGAAAUGUUUCUUUUUCUUUCUAAAAUUAUGUUUGUUUUUUUCCUUUUAUUUUUGCUUUUUUUUGUUGCUUUUUUUAUUGUUAUGUUAUUUCUUGUUAUUGCUUCUUGGCCUUGAUAAUAGAUAAAACUUUAGAGUGUGAGGGUACAAACAGCAAGCCAAUCUGAUUCCGCCAUCUUUAACAUAAAUAGAGAUAUCAUCUCUUCUGUUCAAUCAAGAAAGCCUAAAAAGAAGAGACUUUAUUUCCAUUUUUUUUGUCUGGAUUAGUAAAAACCUGUAUUUUUUUGUCUCAAAGGUAAACCUGCAAACAUAGUUCUCUCAUCUUACUCUCGGCAUUAAGUACCUCACUUCUUUUAAUACCUAUGUUUGUUGCUCAGGUAAAUUAAGGAAUAAUCAGUGGAAGUGAUAAAGGAGCAGUUGCACUGUAUUCAUAGGUUGCCAAUCAACUGAUCAACCUGCCUUUCUAAAUGUACACAAAGUAAAUUCCAUUUUAUUUAAGCCUGGUGUUUUUAUUUUCAGUCUUCACUCUUUAAAUUUCACAGAAGACUUUUAGCUUUGUGUUUCAGUGUUCUCGUAUUUUGUGUAUAGUAUAUAUUCUGAAAGCUAUUUUAUGUUUAAAACAAACUGGAGACAGAAAAGAUUAACUUGAACAGCUUGCUGUAAUUAUUUUUUGAUGGUACCAUUUGCAUUUAGAGGACAGGGAAUGAUUUGUACAAAUAAAUUAACUUGUUUGUAAUAUCUGAGAUUUGUUUGUGAAAUAAUAAACAGUUUUCUGUAACUGGGA